AUGCCUCCUCGCGUGGCGUUCGAUUCGCAGCCUGCUGUUCAUUCCUUCACACCACUCAGCGAGCCAGGUUGUGACACAUCGACUUUACCAACGUUCGACACAAACGAUCUCGACGAAAGCGUCGAAGCUUCGCAGGUCAUUAUGGCCGUGCAUGAGAUCAGAGGCAGAACGGCGGUGGUACAGCUCGAUUCGAACAGCGGCACCCUCCUCAUCAGCGAAGAUGCGCAAGAUGGUCCGCAUCGUGAUCUCCUCGUCUCGAGCAAGUCCCUUAAGAGCUCAGACACGUCGCCGGUGACUGAGUCUAGCGCGGGACGGGCAGUUCUAGAGCAGUACAAACCAUCGCUCGUUCUGAUCAGUACCAAAGCAGAGUUGAGUCUCAGCGAGAAGGUGCAGCAGACUUUGUCGGGCUGGUCAGCAACUGCUACUGUGGAAACUCGACCUGCCAAGGAGUUCUCGGUAGAAACAGGUCGGGCAGCAUUGCUCGAACUCGAUCUGCCCAAGCAUGCGCCCGCUUCACCGGACGUAUCCUCGAGCGAAGAGUCGGAUCAGUCUGGUCUAUCGCACAUCGUGCGGAGCCGAAAGCGAGCGAAGCAUGGCCAAUCAGAUGAAUCACUCUUCACGCGAGGUGCCCGACUGUCAAGCAGACUCGAUCUCGAUCAGCCUGCUACCCUGGCCUGCAUUGGCUGCCUAUUGCCCUACACCUCACGCCAGAGCUCUGCACGUCCCCGUGUCGCCUCAAGCAAGAUCAGCUCGAUCGAGCUGAUGCCGCUCUCCUCUGUCCUUCAGAUCUCUACUCAUUCGCUCGUAGCAUUACAAGUGUUUGCAAGUGGCAGCCAUGCUGCAGGGCGGAAUGACGCAUCUACCGCGAAGAUGCCAAAUCUCUUUGAUGUCAUCAAUACGACUCGUUCGGCGGCAGGUCGAACGACGUUGCGUCAGUGGAUCAUCCGACCAUCGCUGGAUACGCAUGUCAUUCAAGCACGGCAGACGGCAAUCGCUUGCUUCCUUCGACCCGAGAAUUUGCAUAUCAUGUACGAUCUCAGAUCCUGUCUGAAGGUCCAGCAGGCGGCGAGCGUCCUCGAGAAGCUUCGCUGCGGUCAAGGCAAUGCAACGCCGACCUGGCGCGCCAUCACCACCAUGCUCUCGAGUGCGCUACAAGUGCGCGAGCAGCUCCUUGGCCUGACGCAUCUACAGACAUCUGCUCUGCUCUUCCAAAUCGCAAAUAGCGUCAACGUCGAACUCUUCGAGGCUUUGCUCAUUACGAUCGAAGAUCGCAUCGACUGGCACGAGAGUGGAUUCCAGGGCAAGCUCUGCAUCCAGAAUGGCGUCAACGCUCAACUCGAUCAGUACCGGCAGCAAUAUGCAUCUUUGCCAAAUGACCUCUCCCACGUUGCACGACACCUCAGCGUGCAGAUCUCACCAGACGUAUGCGACGCGCUCAAUGUCGUUUACUUUCCCCAGCUUGGCUACCUCUGCUCGCUCACACUCAAGGCUGGUCAAGAUCCAAAGCAGCUCGAUUUACCGGGAUGGACAUACCAAUUCAGUACAGAAUGUUUCAGCUACUGGAAGACAUCCGAAAUGCAAGACCUUGACGAGCAAUAUGGCGACCUGGCCUCGAUGAUCUCUGACCUCGAAAUAGACAUUGUCGAGGAGCUCACUGCUCAAGUGAUGAGCGCCGAGACGAUUCUGCACGAUGCAACGCAUCUACUUGGCCAGCUCGAUGCGCUUGUCUGUCUGGCAGAUGCAGCAAAACGCCUUGCCUGGUCACGUCCAGUCAUCACGAGCGAUAAUGUUCUCCGAAUCCGACAGGGACGACAUGCCGUGCUCGAGACCCUUCUCGAUCGCUACAUCGGCAACGACACUUCGCUCGUGGCAGGAAACGGUCUGCACACGGGCGAAGACGAGUCAAGCGAGACAUCCGACAGUCGGAUGGACGUGGAUCGGUCCGUCAUGAUUCUGACGGGCAGUAAUUUCUCCGGCAAAAGUGUCUACGUCAAAGCUGUCGCUCUGAUCGUCCUUCUCGCUCAUGUCGGAAGCUAUAUACCGGCCGACAACGCCAUCAUCGGCCUGACGGAUCGCAUUCUUACGCGUGUGCAGACGCGCGAAUCUGCUACCAAUCCAGCUUCCCUGUUUGUUUCUGACCUUCAGCAAGUUUCGUAUAUGCUGCGCAAUGCCACCCCGCGCUCACUCUUGCUCGCUGACGAGUUCGGCAAAGGGACCGAGACGAACGAUGGCAUCAGUCUCUUUUGCGGCCUCGUUGAGCAUCUGUGUCAGCGCGGGACAGACUGUCCACGAACGAUCCUGACAACUCACUAUGCCUCGGCUUUCCAGACGAAUAUGCUGCAGCUCGAGCGACGAGGCGUGCUGCUUGCUCAGAUGGCCAUCACUUUCGCCGGUGCAAUGCCAGACGACGACGAAGACGCGGAGAUCGUUUACCUCUAUCAACUGGCAAAGGGCGUCGCCACAGAAUCGCACGCGCUUGCAUGCGCUGCUCAGUUCGGUCUGCCCUCACAUCUGAUCGCACGUGCUCGUGAAGUCUCAGCAGCGCUGCUCGACUUCUCGCUCACAGAAUUGUGCCGUCCAAAGCCUGAUGAGGCAGAGAUCAGACGCUUAUCGCAUGCUCAACGUGUGGCAGAUAUCUUUCUCGGUCUAGAGCUGGACAAUGAUGGAGACAUCACACGUGGCUCUUAUCGCGAGAUGCUCGAGCUCGUGCUGUCGAGCAGCAUACGCGGCGAUGGCGAUCCACAGGGCAGCUUGGGUGCGCUCACUUUGCCAUCUGAUGAGAUUCUCGCUUUCGAAGAAUGA